UUUGACCAGAUCAUGUUGAUGGUUGUCGACAUCAGAUUCGCAGCGCACACUGCGAGUAAAGAACACGUCUCGCUCUCAGCUCACCGUUCAUGCUUACGUACUUCUCGAACACGAACACUUCCAAGCUACCUUACCAUUUAGAGUGUACAUGCGGUUCACAGAUAAUCUUAAGCCAAUCUGUCCUUGUUCUAAGAAUCCAUCAAACGAUUCUUUGGCCAUUAGCGACCAAGCCUCCACGUUUUCUGACAAGAUGUACUCUGGUAUUGAGCUAUAUUUAGCAGACGAUCACGGACUACAAGACGAGGACUAUUACAAGGUGGAACCACAGGUUUGUUCAAUGACGCCCGGAGAAUGGAAGGACUGGCGCGUGAGUUUGAAACCCUUGAUAGGGGGUGAGAUUGCGCCGCCUGGACUAGUGCUGCUGAGAACUAUUCCGGUUGACGACCGAGGAAACCACUGGUUCCGUUUUGAGCCAGCACCAGCUCGGGUUGGCAUCCGACAGGCGCCUCGCGCAGCUGUUCUACGCCUGUCGUGCAAAGAAGUGCGUGCGCAUAUGUGCGCGCUAGACCUACAUUACAACGAAAUUUCUAGGGUUCGCAAGCGUUUCCGAAUGCGUAACGUCGGCACUGCUCCUCUACUCGUCCACUGUGUAACAGAGGCCCCAUGGCAGAUCGUUAUGAACAAGCAGCGGAACGACUGUGAGUGUGGCUGCGAACAUGAACUGGGCGAACGGCACAACGAGGUGGAAGUGAUGGUGGAACCUUGGAGCUCGCAUUCGAUGUGCGUAGAAGUGGCGGUGGAUACUGCAGAAAUGUGGCCCAUUGUCGAAGAGGUGAAUGACGUCGACAAGAAGUGCGUGCUCUCGAGUUAUCCUUCCAAACGGGAAGUCAUCGGACACAUGGUGUUUUCAUGCGAAGAAGGACUUUUGGAGAUGUUACCACUGGUAUUAGAUGUGGAUUUCCCCCGCCUGUCUCUCGAGCCAAGUGCCAUUGAUUUUGGAUUCGUUACUCACGGAGACACACGGAAGACAUACUUUUCAGUUUGGCAUUCAAGUGUGAGCGCGACCAUUACACUGGGUGUGAUAUGGCAGGGAAGCGCGAGGUUGCGGGUCUAUCCGCGACACUUACUAGUCGCACCGGGGCAACGCGAGCGUAUCUACCUGCAAUACACUGCAGCAUGGACUGGCACGGCAGUACCCGUAGAAGGCUGCGUCCAUAUAGCGGCCGCCGCCGGCGCAGGCGAUUGGUGUCGCGCCGCGCUGUACGUGCGCGCUCAGCCCGCUCGAGACGCCAAGUUUAGUCAGGACGUACACGAUCACACGGAUCAGUGGAACCUGUGGCCUCCUUCAUUGCCUCAGCUGUGAGAUCGUGGUUCUUGCGAACACUUUGAACGAGCACAGAGGAAAAUUGAGCUUUACUGGGAAGAGACCUUUUUAACUGUAUUGAUAUAUUUUGUAACAUAUUUUAAUAAACUGUGCAUUUCUUAAUAAUAGC